AUGGGAUUCCCGGAGGCUUGGAUCUCCCUCAUUGAAAGAUGUAUUGGGACAUGCUGGUUCUCGGUGCUAAUCAAUGGCGCUCCUUCGGGUUUCUUUAAAUCUACCCGAGGUCUACGACAGGGUGACCCCAUUUCCCCGGCCCUGUUCGUGAUUGCGGCGGAGUACCUCUCAAGGGCGCUUGAUAAACUUAUUUUGGGGCACAAAGAGAUGUCUUUUAAGGCGGCUCGGCACUGUAUGGAGAUUAGCCACCUAGCCUAUGCCGAAUAUAUCAUCAUUUUCACCCAAGCUGUUGCGUCUUCCAUUAGGCGCUUAAGAUCAUGCCUUGAAGAUUAUGCGGAGGUUUCGGGCCAACAAAUCAAGCUCGCCAAGAGCAGUUUCUAUAUAACCGAGAUACAUGAUGAGUGGGCAGGGUCAAUUCAUUUGGAAGGAGGCUUCACUCAAGGUACCUUCCCUUUCCUAUACCUGGGCAUGCCCAUUUAUCGAGGUGUUAAACGCACCAACAUGUUCAUGUUCCUUCGGGAGAAAGUUGCAUCACGGAUCUCUGGAUGGGCUCAUAGGCACCUCUCAUUCGGGGAAGGCUUACUCUCAUUAAGAGUACCUUGGAAGCGGUACCUCUACACAUUUUCCAAGCCAUCGAACCAACAGCCGGUGCUCUCAAACAGAUUGAUCAACAAUUGGUUAGAUUCUUCUGGGGAUCUUCAAACGAAAGGAAGAAGACACAUUGGAUCGGAUGGGACCAAAUCUGCCUUCCUAUCGCCGAGGGAGGCCUUGGCAUCCGUAAGUCAAAGGAGGUCCUCCGAGCCUUCAAUGUCAAAUUAUGGUGGCGAUUUAGGGAACAAAAUUCACUUUGGGCGAUCUAUAUGA